GGUGAAGCUCCAGGACGCCGAGAAGAGAUACGGAAAUGGCUCUGCUCCCUUCGCUACGGUCUGCCAUCACCUACUUUUAUAGACCCAUGAAACCACCGCCGGCGGUGAUAUCUUCACUUCUUUUAUCCAAAAGAUUAUCCUUUUUCUCCUCUCCUUCUCCAACUCCCAAAACCUUCCAAACCCUUAGACCCCUCGCCACCACUUCUCAAGAGAGUAUCCUGGUUUUCAAGAACGAUGAGCGCUUGGUGGGUUCGGGCUCAGUCAAUGGAAUCGAGCAGAUUCAGAGCCAGAGCUCGAGCACCAUUGCGGCCAUUGUGACCUCCUUGGGAGGCCCACCUGCUGCUGUUGGCAUUGUUCGCUUAUCCGGCCCCGCUGCCGUAGAAAUAGCGGGCCGUGUCUUUCGUCCUGCAGGGAAGAAGAAGAGAAAGAAGAAGAGGAUUAGCUCUGAUUCAUGGAGGCCUACCAGUCAUGUAGUGGAGUAUGGUGUGGUUUUGGAUUCCCAGGGGAAUGUUGUCGAUGAGGUUUUGGCUGUGCCUAUGUUGGCUCCAAGAUCAUACACUCGUGAAGAUGUGGUUGAACUUCAGUGUCAUGGAAGUGAAGUGUGUCUUCGUCGUGUGUUGAGGGCUUGUUUGGAAGCUGGAGCAAGACUUGCAGAACCAGGAGAGUUUACCUUGCGUGCUUUCCUGAAUGGUCGUUUAGAUCUUUCCCAAGCUGAGAAUGUCAGAAAUUUAGUUUCUGCAAAGUCUAUAGCUGCCGCUGAUGCUGCUUUGGCAGGAAUUCAGGGGGGCUUCUCUUCUUUGGUGAAAUCACUGCGAGCACAAUGCAUUGAGUUACUUACUGAGAUAGAGGCUCGUUUAGAUUUUGAUGAUGAGAUGCCACCACUAGAUUUAAAUCUGAUUAUGGAGAAAAUUCAUUCCAUGUUCAAAGAUGUAGAAAAUGCACUGGAGACUGCCAACUAUGACAAACUUUUACAAUCUGGAUUGCAGAUAGCAAUUGUUGGUCGUCCCAAUGUUGGGAAGUCAAGCCUCCUGAAUGCAUGGAGCAAAAGUGAAAGAGCAAUAGUUACGGAUGUUGCUGGAACUACUCGGGAUGUGGUUGAAGCUAGUGUUACUGUUUCCGGUGUCCCUGUGACACUUCUUGAUACAGCAGGCAUUAGGGAAACUGAUAACAUUGUCGAGAAGAUUGGUGUAGAGAGGUCUCAAGCAGUUGCCAGGGGUGCUGAUGUCAUAAUCAUGACAGUUAGUGCAGUUGAUGGAUGGACUGCAGAAGAUGCCAAGCUUCUUGAUUGGAUUCAAUCCAUUAAGUCACAGAGUUCAAAUGGCUCCUCCAUCCCAACUAUUCUUGUAAUCAACAAAAUGGAUUGUGCUUCAUCUACUUGUGAUGAAUGGGUUGAAAGAGAAGCCGAGUCAUUCAGUAAGCACAUUUUUACAUGUGCCAUUACUGGUGAAGGAGUAAAAGACUUGGAGACAGCAAUCCUAGAAAUUGUCGGUCUCAACCUGAUUCCUGCAGGGGGCCGCAGAUGGACAGUGAACCAGAGACAAUUUGAGCAGCUUGUUCAGACGAAGGAGGCAUUUCAGAGACUGAAAUCAUCAAUCGAGGAAGAAAUGCCUCUUGAUUUUUGGACAAUUGAUUUGAGGGAUGCUGCAUUAGCCCUUGGACAGAUAAGUGGAGAAGACAUCUCAGAAGAGGUUUUGUCCAAUAUUUUUGGCAAGUUCUGUAUCGGCAAAUAGAUAAUGUUUCUCAAAACUAGUAAAUGAUGCAAGAGAAUGCGGUUGGAUGUGGGGACAGCCUCCGAUGGGCCGACUCUUAUCUAACUGUGUAAGUUGUGCAAUAUGAGAUAGUAGUUUUUUAAUGACCUAAACUACAGAAUUUUUUUAUUUCCGCUUCAUAUUUUUCGCAGUUUACUGAGAAACAUAUCCAAAUUGUUCUAAUGUAGAAGAUUAUGUCAUUUUAAUGUUUAAACAAAAGAAAUAAUAAUUUUUAUA